AGAGCAUCUACAGGUUUAAAAUUUGCCAAAUGUAAUACUAUAUGAAUUCUGAGCAACAUAUUAAGUUAUUGACAACAUCUUUUAUAGUUACGUAAAAUUCAGUAACAUGCUAAAGGUGGUUCAGAAUAGAAUUCAAAAUUCCAAAGACAGUUUAAGCAUUUUUAAAUACAAAUGCGUAAUUAAUCACAUAAAAAACAUGUUAGACAUUUUACCGUGCCACCUAUUGGUCGAAACUUAUGCUAUAAUGUGUAGUAAAUAAAUCAAAAUUUCCGCAAAAAUUGCUAUAAGUGCACCCAGAAAAAACCUUAAACAAUUCGAGAGUAAAAUCAACAAACAAAAACCACUUAACUCAGAAAUAUUUUAAAAAAUAUUACAGAUGAAAAUAGACAACAGAGAGAUUAAUGAUUAAUGGACUAAAUCUAGGCAAACAGCAGAUGAAUCACAAAAAAAAGAAGGGGGGGGGGACAGGCUAUUUUUAAUUAAAUAGUUUCCUUUAAAUAAAUUUUUAAUAAAUCUUAAACUAGCAAACUUAAUGAAUAUUAAAGCAAAGGCAAAUUAAAAUUCUUUAACUACUCUAAUGAAUUAUAUUAUUUCACUUAGGCUUGCAACAUUAGCGAGAAAAAAGAAGAAGCUGGGGUUGACACAGAACCCUCUGCCUGCUGGUAAUGGUCCUGCAACACCAACCUUGCCAGAGAGCCCAGGCGGUGAAAGUUCGGUCCCCACAGUGCCAGAUGUAACCACCAUGGCGUCUUCAGUGGCGGCGUGUACAUCACGCAACACUGAUGACAGUACACAUACUCUGUCCGAUGACUAUCAAGGGAAUGAUGACCUUCCUCCGCUGAUAGUGGUUUACGAGCCUCCAUUGCCACAGACAGAUCCGGGACUCAGUAUGUUAGAGGGUCGAAUGAUGGUUGACGUUCGUCACUUCAUGGUGCAAUGCCGUCUUCUGGAGAGACACAGGUGUCCCAUUUCAUCUUCAGGAACAUAUUUUCUGGAAAGUGUCAACAGGUACGGUCUGCUGACAAAUUUUAAAUUUAAGUGCACUCACUGCAAUCAAGAGCAGCAGUUCAAAUCUGAGCCUGUGGAAUGCCUUCCAGUGGGAAGAAAAAGAAAAUGCAAAAUCGAUACCAACUUAGAUAUCAACGAUAAGAUUGUUUGGGGCGCAAUUUCGGUUGGUCUAGGCUACGGACCAUUGUAUGAACUAUUGUCACUAAUUGAUAUGCAUCCUAUGAGCCCGGGUUGCUUUUCUUAUCACGAGAACAGAAUCGGAGAGCACUGGAAGGCAAUGUUGCAGAAGGAAAUGGAAGAUGCUGCACUGGAAGAGUUCUCUAUGGCGAAAGAUGAUGGACGCAUCUGUAUGGUUGGAAAUGAGGAAUAUGCUUGGACCAUAGGAAUUUUGGAUGGAGGUUGGAGCCAAAGAUCCUAUGGUCAUAGGUAUUCUGCUAAGUCUGGAUGUGCUAUAAUAAUUGGCUUCUACACUAAGAAAUUGUUAUUCCUUGGUGUGAGAAACAAAUAUUGUACCGCAUGCAUUCGGAGCGAACGGAUGGAAAAGGAACCCACGCCUCACCUGUGUUUCCGGAACUGGACUGAUUCUUCCACUGCAAUGGAGGCAGACAUUAUAGUGGAAGGUUUCCGGUUCUGUGAAGCCAAGUACAAACUUCAAUUUAAGAAGUUUGUUGGUGAUGGGGAUUCAAGUGUGCAUGCAGCCAUAGUUGCAAAUGUUUCGUACGGAAGAGAUGUUGAAAAGAUUGAAUGUGCUAACCAUGUCGUGAAGAAUCUCAAAAAGAAUCUUUAUGCCAUAGCCAAGGGCAUCCAUAUGCGGCAUCUCAGCCAGUCGAAAAUCAAAGCCCUCUGUCGCUGUGCAAGAGGUUGUAUCAGCAACUGUGGGGGUGAUGCUAUGCUACUUCAAUCAACACUUCUAAAUGUGCCCAACCAUGUGUUUGGAGACCAUAAGUUAUGCAAUUUAGAUGUGUGUGAGAGAGCUGGUAAAACAGCAAAUCCCUGCAGUUAUGACGCAUUGCCUCGUGAAUUGAUUGUGGGAAUCAAACAAGCUUUUGACCGAGUGAGAGCAAAGUCCAAGCACUUGUAA